AUGGCUCCCGUUGCCGAAUCUCUAAACGCAGUCCAAGAAAUCACUCUAAGUGUUGUCUUGCCACUUCUUAGUGAUAAUAACAACAAGACAAUCACAUCGACACCCUGCGCUUUCAGUUCUUAUUGGACACUGACCCUGACCCGGUCCGGCAAGAUGUUGACGAUUGCUGUGGUCAGGAGUUGUGGAAGUCAUAAGGACUACACCUACUACAACUCGAUGCUUGUUUUCGCUCGCGGAGAAUAUGACCGCGGAGAGAAGGUCUCGAGCGAUGCCAUUGUGUUUAUAAAUGGCGGAACGCAUCAAGGUACCUUCGAGGCCGAGAAAGUGAUUAGGGACGGCAAGUACGAUUUCGAAAUCGUCUUUUGCACCGGCAAUGGUCUCUUCAGAAAGCCUACCCCACCCUCUCCUCCCAAGAACAUGGACAUCAUCCCGCUGCUAUUGAAGGACGCCAACUCGGUCGACGUCUGCUUCACUUUCACUUCGGACAAGAUCUACUCGAACAUCGGACUCUGGGCCCACCGCGUUGUCCUAGCGCGUCACAAGGUAUUUUCCAAGCUGCUUCAACAACAGGAUGAGCUCCAGUCCCUUGUCGCGUCCACUGCCAAGGCCGAGAACGAGAACGAUAAAGCAGCCAAGCUAGAUUCGGAUGCCGAGUCUACUAGUACCGUUUCUGCUGAUGGUAGUCCUACUCCUUCGCCCAUCGCUGGCGCGGGCGAUACCCGGUCGUUGGUGAUCGAGGUCGACAAGUUCUCGCUGGCGACCUUCUGCGCGCUGCUAUACUACGUCUACACCGACGAGGUUCACUUGGCCAUCGAUACCGACCGCUUCGCAAUCAGUUCCUGCGAAGGCUCCCUGGUCUGGCGUGACCCCACAACCGGCAAGACGCGUGACUCUGUCCGCUGGCACCCGACCGACUGCAAUUCGCCCUGGAAGCUGAAAGACGUGACCUGGAACGAGCUCCUCGAAGCCGCCGACUACUAUGGGAUCACAGACCUCCGAGCCAACUGUGUAAAAAAGGUGAUUAGUGGGAUGAACCAGUCGAAUGUUGUGGGAACCUUGUUCAGCAAGUCGGUGAAUGGGGUUGAGGUCCGGCAAGCGGCGAUGGAGUUUAUUGUGAAACAUUGGGGGAGUAUUUUCCAGAAGGGAAAGGAUGGCUGUAGUGGGGUGGAUCCGUUUGCAGCGUAUAGGGGGCGUGAGGAGUGCCAUGAAGUGUUGAUUGAGUUGAUGCAUAUGAAGACUAGGAGCGAUUGA